AUGAUGAGUGAAUCAACAUUGCCUUCUUUAUCAGAGUUUAUGGACACAUUUGGACUCAUUGAUGCCAGUGCACCUGAUAAAUCAAUUAAACACUUGUGCGACAACAUCUUUGAUGUGCAGCGUAAUGAGUUAAUGGAAGUAUUGGAUAAUCUAAAAACAGUAUUUUGGGAUGGACCAACCGAGACAGCUACUAUUACAACAACAACAAGCAGAACCCCUUCUAUACCAGAACUUCCUAGUGUUCCAGAGACAAUUUUACCCAAUGUACCUAUCAUAGCCAAGAUAAUCGAUAACAAUGACAAUGAGACUAAACCCAAAACACUUAAACGGGCCGUAUCUGAUGAAAGUGAACCCGAAGAGCUCCAGUCUUUGACACAUAAACGACCUCGUCUGGUUUCACUUCCAGAGCCAACAGAUAAAAAGCCCACACCCGAUCUAUGGCCAAUAAAGCUAGCGAUACUACGACAGAUGUUAUCAGGCCCUUAUAACGAAACCAAACUCAUGUCACUACUGUCAGAUGCAAAAUAUCGAGUGACAUCAAAGGAGCAACUACAUCAUCUGAUAAACUAUUUUCUUCCUGUAGCAAAAGAAAUGAGAAGGUGGAGGAUUGUAGAAGCAUUAAAUAAAAUGGUUUAA